GAGGUAGAAUCGUCGGGGAAACAUGAUUCUCAACUCUGUGGAAUUAUUUUUCACUUAGAAAGUUCAUUUAGAUGAUAACAAAUAGGAGGACUUUCCGCGAAUUUCCCUUCAAACUCCUUUGUUGAACUAUCAAAAUGUGUCUCUCUGUCUACUAUUCUGUGAUUUUGCGUUAGAUUUAGUGAGUUUAGUGUAGAGUGAGCUGUGUUGUGAAGCACUUGAGUCUCUCUUGCAGGGCACAUUUAAUGGUACUUAUGAGAGGAAAGCUGUCUGUAGAAAUGUAUUGAAUUCGGCGCUGUAUGUCCUUGGAUAUGGCUGAUUCCUCAAGUACAGGAAAAAAGUCCCGACUUAAUCAGGAAGCAAAAUGUUCAUACUUGGGCAAACAUCUCAGCAAAUCCGCCUCGGAGUUGAGUUGCCGAGACUGCAGUGUGGAUUCACCAUCAGGAUCGCCGCACAGAACGCGCAGCAUUGCGAAUCCGGCGGUGUCUGGAGUACUGCAAAAAACCCAUGGAUUCUUUAGCACUUUGAGGAAUCGUCUGGGACGGGGACGCAGCAAAGAAAGAGGUCGUCGUUCGCCCCAGGACGGAGACAUUGUUGAACACCGCGAAAGCACGGAUUAUGCCGCGGAUAACAGCUCUGACCACAGCAGUUCACACACUCCACUGACUCAGUCUCCGCGGCAUCGGGCUACCACUAUCGGAGAAUCUCCACUCACGCGCGCGGAGGUUUCGGCAUCGAAGGAGGGCAUUCUCAAGGGAUUCCUGGACAAGGGGAGAGACAGUGAGGCGAACACGAACAAAGAGUACAACUUGGAGUUUCUGCAGACGGAUGAGGCGCAGAAGAAGAGGGAAAGCGCUCUGAGACAGCAUGCAUUCUUUCAGCUUCGUGUCCAUCUUCACGGUGGCCGGGAUCUUGUCGCAAUGGACAAGAAUGGAACCAGUGAUCCGUAUGUGAAGUUCAAAGUUGGAGGCAGGCUUCUGUACAAGUCCAAGACGGUUCAUCGGGAGUUGAAUCCGCUGUGGGAUGAGACUUUCUUAGUGCCCAUAGAAGAUCCGUUCCAACCUAUUAAUAUCAAGGUGUUUGAUUACGACUGGGGUCUCCAGGACGACUUUAUGGGCUCAGCGCAGCUCGACUUGACUACCGUUGAGCUGUGUCGAGCGCAAGAUAUCGUCUUGAAGCUGGAGGAUUCCUCCAGGUCUGGUCGCACGUUGGGCGAGAUCAAAUUAACCAUCACAUUGUGGCCGCGCACGCAAGAGGAUAAAGAGCAGUAUUUUCAGCGCCAUCCCAAGCUUGCCGAUGCCUCGAAGAGACUCAAGUCCCAGAUAUGGAGCUCUGUCGUGACGAUUGUCCUUGUGGAGGCGCGUGGACUUCCACCGGAUCCGGAAGGGAGUUUAAGUGAACCUUAUGUUAAGUUUAGACUAGGCAAUGAGAAAUACAAGAGUAAGAACUCAUGGCGAUCCCGAUGGCUUGAGCAGUUCGAUCUGCAUCUGUUCGACGAGGAGCAGAACCUGGAGGUGUCUGUGUGGCGACGCAAUGCCCAGCUAGGCAAGUGCACAAUCGACUUACGAAGUCUUCCGCGGGAGCGCACGCACGGCAUGUGGCAGGCGCUGGAAGAGUCCGCCGGUGAGGUGUUCCUCCUCCUGACAAUCAGUGGCACCACCGCAUCUGAGACAAUAACCGAUUUGACAUCGUACAAGGAAGAUCCGCGAGAACGUGCCACGCUGGAGAAGCGCUACCAUUGGCACAGGUGCUUCCAGAAUGUGCGCGAUGUCGGUCACCUGACCGUGAAGAUUUUUGGUGCCACGGGCCUGGCGGCAGCGGACUUGGGCGGAAAGUCAGACCCCUUCUGCGUCCUUGAGUUGAUCAACGCGAGACUCCAGACACAAACAGAGUACAAAACAUUAACGCCAAAUUGGAAUAAGAUUUUCACAUUUAAUGUUAAGGAUAUGACAUCUGUGCUGGAGGUGACAGUCUUCGAUGAGGAUCGCGAUCACAAAGUGGAGUUUCUCGGAAAGCUGGCCAUACCGCUGCUCCGCAUCCGGAAUGGGGAGAAGCGCUGGUAUGCACUGAAGGAUAAGAAGCUUUUCACGAGGGCCAAAGGUGUCUCUCCGCAAAUUCUGAUGGAGUUAACUGUGGUCUGGAGUCCUCUGAGGGCGGCCAUAAGAGCCCUUGAGCCGCGAGAAGAGAAGCUGGUGCAGCAAGAGGCCAAAUUCAAGCGACAAAUUUUCCUGCGGAACGUCUCGCGCAUCAAGGAGGAGAUAAUGUACGUUCUGGACUGCGGUCGAUGGAUUCAAAGCUGCUUCGAGUGGGAGCAUCCAAUGAGAUCAUUCUUUGCUCUCAUCUUUUGGAUUUGUGGAUGCAUUUGGUUCGAUGUGUCCACCAUUCCUUUCAUCAUGCUGCUGUUCCUGCUGAAGAAUUGGUUCGUCAAGUGGCUCACUGGGCCAUCGUCGCACACUGUUGCCGAUGAGUAUGAUAUGACCAGUGACGAUGAAGAUGAUGAUGACAAGGAAAAAGAGGAGAAGAAGACAAUUAAGGAGCGUCUUCAGGCAAUUCAGGAAGUCUCGCAAACCGUGCAGAAUACCAUUGGGUAUCUGGCGUCACUUGGAGAGAGUGUCAAGAACACUUUCAAUUUUUCCGUCCCAGAAUUGAGUUGGUUGGCCGCUAUUCUUCUUUUUCUGGCUGCUAUGGUCCUCCACUUUGUCCCCAUGAGGGUGAUUUUGUUGCUUUGGGGCAUUAUCAAAUUCACCAGACGUCUAGUAAGACCACAUAGUGUUCCUAACAACGAAGUUCUCGAUUUGCUGUCUCGCAUUCCCGAUGAUGAUGAACUUAUAAUGUACCGCGAAUUGACGACACACUCAACACCGGAAAUGGCGAGGAGAGACCCUAGGAAGAAGAUGAAGGCUGCUUGAAUUGCGAUUGUUGCUUAGGAAAUUUGUGGCGGAGAUUUUCAAGAUGCUUGAGAAAACCACAGCAAAUUUUGUGAUUUUUCAUUGUACCCUCCAAAAAAGACAGAUUCUAUUAUGUUCUUUAUCAGAAUGCUGCAACACACAAAAACACCCUCGAAACAAUCAAUAUCCAGAUAUCAAAUGUUAAUGAAGGAAGUCAAGAAAAAGAAAUAGAAAAAUUAGAAUGAGAGAAUAUCAGUAAUAUUUUGUAACAAUGAAAUUUAGUGCUUUUCAAGAGAGUGACAAAUAUUUUUCGUUACACUUGUACAUAUAAGAGAAAUUAGCUAGGUUUUAUCCAAAUUGAAUUAUUUCUAUUCAUUAUGUGAUGAUGCACCAAGAAACAACAUUCCUCACAUUGUAAAUGGGAUUAUCGAGUUUGGGAUGGUUCAAUUAUGACACCAUUGUUCAAUUAUCUUAUGAAGAUCAAUUAACAAUAUUUAAAUAAUCUAAAUGGCUUUUAUGACAUUUUCUUCCAAGAAAGGAUGUUAAUUGCAAGAAUUUAACGAGUUUCUGCAAAUAAUUAAACUACUAUCUCUCUAGAUAUAAGCUGAUAAACUGAUGAAAGCUUUUCUCUUCGAAUAUGACAAGAUAUUGCAAGAUAUAGGAAAAGAAAUUCCCAUCUGUUACAAACUUCAACAGUAUAGCUAGUGAAAUCAGCUUUCUUCGAAAGAUUUUAUAAUAUUAUUCGCUCAUCUAAAUGUGAAGUAACUAAAGGCAAGGCUCUAUUUAUCUGCAAAUGGAAGGUAUUUUUGUCCCUUUACAAAAUCUACCAUCAGUUUUAGGCAGAAUAAUUAUAUUGUUGAAUUAUUCUAUAUUUGAGAAUAAUGUUCCAAAUGGUGUACUUUUUAUGAAUGAGAAGUGUUUUACAUCAUAUUCACCGUCAUUUCGCAUAAUUUUAACAUUUUUCAUACAAUUUUGACGCAUUUUGUGAUUAUGCAGAAUAAUAGUAAAAUAACGGAAAUUA